GCAACGAUUGUGUCUGCAAGAGGAGUUUUCCUGCGACGAUGCGCUGUAUAAAGGGCCCUGUCCUUGCAGCCAGGCUGUCCGGCAUUGCACCGUAGUCCGCCUCGUUCAACAAGCUUCCCCACACACAUUGCUGUCACGAGUUGGACGCGCCCCGCCGUUCUCCGCAUUGCGCUUCUUCCAGGAGCGCGACAGGUGUAUCCCGAUCACCCCCUUCCGCCAACUUCCAACGCUUUCUCUACUAUACUUCCUGCAGCUUCCGCGUUGAGCGUGUCCAAGCAGGCGUAACCCUUUGGCGGCCAAGACCCGUCAUCACUGUCACAAGCCGCUUGUCAUCCACGACCUCGGAAUCGGCUUCCGCGCAUACCGUCACCAUGCCCGUGUCGUCACCAACCCACCCAUUUGCUUCGCCCAACGCGAUCCCGCCGCGUACCAGCUCCACUGGUAUCGUCAGCCUCAAUGGGAAUAGCGUUAGGCAUCCGUCAACAAGCAGCGUCCUGCGCCCCUUGAGCGAGACUGAUUGGAUUGCGCAAAGCAAGAAGAGCAAGACCAGCCAUUCCGCCGAACCGCUCAACGCCCAUCUACAAGACCAAACGUCGCAGUCGCACAUGUCUGAUCGAAACCAAGCCAUGGCCUCGGACACUGGCUACUCCACACCGCUGUCACCGCCGUCCGACGACCCCAAGGGCGUAGGAGAAGAUUUGAUAUACGGCAAUGGUGCUGCCUGGACAGAGAGCAAGGAGCGCAUACUUCUAGGUCCAUACGACUACCUGUACGGACACCCCGGAAAAGACAUACGGAGUCAGUGUAUUGCUGCGUUCAAUCUGUGGUUGAAGGUGCCGCCAGAAAGGCUUGAAGUUAUAACAAAGGUGGUGGGCAUGCUGCAUACCGCGAGUUUGCUUGUUGACGAUGUAGAAGAUUCGUCAGUCCUCCGCCGCGGCAUUCCGGUCGCUCACGCCAUCUUUGGCACACCGCAGACAAUCAACUCGGCAAACUACGUCUACUUCCGCGCCCUCUCCCUCCUCCUUUCCAUGAGCAACCCCAAGCUCAUCGAGAUAUUCACCGAGGAGCUACUCAACCUGCACCGAGGUCAGGGCAUGGAUCUGUACUGGAGGGAUAGCCUGACAUGUCCGAGCGAAGCCGAUUAUCUAGAAAUGGUGGGCAACAAGACGGGUGGAUUGUUUAGAUUGGCAAUCAAGCUCAUGCAAGCCGAGUCUGAAACUGACGUCGACUGCGCCCCCCUCGUAUCCACCAUCGGCCUCCUCUUCCAAAUCCUAGACGACCACCUAAACCUCUCCCCCACAUCCGGUUACACCACGCUCAAGGGCCUUUGCGAAGACCUCACAGAAGGCAAAUUCUCCUUCCCCGUUAUCCACGCCAUCCGCGCCGAUCCGUCGAACCAGAUCCUGAUGAAUAUUCUGAAACAAAAGACGACGGACGAGGAGGUCAAACGCUAUGCGCUCAGGUAUAUGGAGAGUAAAGGGAGCUUCGAGUAUAGCAGGAGGGUGAUUGAGGAGCUGAGGGGGAAGACGGAUGAGCAUGUUAGGGGGAUUGAGGGACUGUUGGGGCCGGAGGGGAGGGAGGGCGCUGAGGCGUUGAGGGCUAUGCUUGCGAGGUUGGUGUUGAAGUAA